AUGGAUGAUCUACCCAUGUUUAUGAUAUUAAAAGCAUCAGAUCUCAUUUGUUUACCUCCUUUCUCAUUUGAUUUUCUCUUUGUUUUUUUUCUCCUCCUUUCUCUAUGUUUUUUCCUCCUCCUUUCUCUAUUUUGUUUUUUCCUCCUUUCUUUUUCUAUUUUUUUUCCUCCUCCUUUCUCUAUUUGUUUUUUUCCUCCUCCUUUCUCUAUUUGUUUUUUUCCUCCUCCUUUCUCUAUUUGUUUUUUUCCUCCUCCUUUCUCUAUUUCAUUUAUUAUUUCUGUUAUCUACUUUAUCCAAAAUGUGUUAAUUUAUUCUCAUAUUUGUUUCUUAUUUUCUCUUUUUUUUCUCUUUUUUUCUCUUUUCUCUUUUUUCUCUUUUUUUUCUCUUUUCUCUUUUUUUUCUCUUUUCUCUUUUUUUUCUCUUUUCUCUUUUUUUUUUUCUUUCUCUUUUCUCUUUCUUUUCUUUCUUUUUCUCUUUCUUUUCUCUUCUCUUUUCUUUUCUUUUCUCUUCUCUUUUUUCUCUUUCUUUCUCUUUCUUUUCUUUUUUUCUUUUUUUUUUUUCUUUUUUUUUUCUUUCUUUUUCUUUUCUUUUUUUCCCUCUUUCUCUUUUCCCAUCAACCAAUUCAAAGGCAUGUGGUACUGCUUAAACCACUCUACACCAUUUCUUCCCUGUCUCAGUGUCUGUGCUAAGAGAUUUAUUACUACAGGAACUCCUCUCUAUCUCUCUCUCCUAGAAGAUUGCCAUUCCAGUGGAGUCAUUCAGCCAAGAACUUGA